UGAAGAUUUUGCUUAUUGUCAAGUCAACUAUGGCAGAACCAGAGCUGCUAUUAGACUCCAGCAUCAGGAUAUGGGUUGUACUGCCGAUCGUUUUUAUAACAUUUGUGUUUGGUAUAAUUCGACAUUAUCUAUCUCUUCUCAUGAGUUCUGAUAAAGUUGUUUCAAUCGAUCAAAUUCGUGAUAGUCAAGUUAUUUUACGAUGUCGGUAUCUUCGUGAAAACGGCCAUUAUCUUCCUCCAUCGGCAUUUAACACACGAAAGCAUUACCUUAUUAAUGAUGAAGAUGGACUCAUCACUAAGGGGAAGGAAAAGCAAGGCCAAGCAAAGAAUCCCAUGACUGACCCCUCCAUGAUGACUGAUAUGCUUAAAGGAAACGUUCUUAAUGUUUUGCCAAUGAUUGUAAUCGGUGGAUGGAUACAAUGGACUUUCUCUGGUUUUGUGACAACUAAAGUGCCAUUUCCCCUUACGAUUCGUUUCAAACCCAUGUUACAGAGAGGUAUUGAACUUGAGGCACUUGAUGCUUCAUGGGUUUCAUCUGCAUCAUGGUAUUUUUUGAAUGUGUUUGGUCUAAGAAGCAUGUACUCCCUCAUUCUUGGUGAAGACAACGCUGCAGAUCAGACUAGAAUUAUGCAAGAGCAGAUGUCAGGAGCUGCCCUCAAUAUGCAACAAGAUCCUCAGAAGGUUUUUAAAGCGGAAUGGGAAUCAUUGCAAGUUACUCAGCAUAGAAAAAUGUUAGAAUUUGCUCCUGAACGAUGUUGUUCUACUCACAUCUUUCCAGAUGAAAUUUACACAGCUGAAAUGCCCCAUCAUAAAUCGAUUGAUGGUUGAUUUUAUGUGUUCAUAUGUCCGUUGAUAUUUGGGAGAUUUGAAAUUUUCAUAACAAUAAGAUGUUACUUAUUUCUUGAAGUUGUCAAUGUCCAAUUGCCUGUACUUGGCUAUAAAUUCCAUAAUUACAUAAUUUAAUAUCCUACUACUGGUAUGUGUUUUUUUUUAGUAUAAUGCAGAAUUCGAAGAGAGAUUGUCAUAUUAUAAUUUCGCUGCAUAUAAUUUCAAUUUUUUUGUCAAUCAUUUCCCAAUUUCAAUCAAACUUUGUGGAUAUCUCUAGCUUUUGUAUUAUGACAAUGAAGGGAUAUGUUGGGUGAGUGUUGGGUCCAAGCUAAACCUAUUAUUUAUUGUUAUAUAUUGAAGCAAAAUUGAAGUUAAUUCUUAAAAUAAAUAACUCUGUCAAGAUCUUAAAUAAAACCUAUUUUCAAUGCCGUGCAUGUUUAAUUAUUUGGUUUAAAGAUAUGCUAAUCGAAAAAUUUCAUGAAUUACUUUUCUUUUAGUCUAUACAAGGCUCCAAAGUGUUGGGUGCUUGUCUUAGGGAAUAAAUUAUAAUUUUUUUCAUAUAUGUUUUGGGUAUGUAUGUUGAACACAUACACAUGUUGAUUACAAUUUUACAGUCAUUUAUAAUAUUGGAAGUUGUUGAAGAUUGAAUUCAUUAUUUAGGAUGCAGCCUUGAAGUGAAACAGGAUAGAAAAUGGCCAGAUAGCUGGAAUAAAACGCUGUUUUUUUUGUCAAUCAAACAUUGAGAAUUUUAAAUCUCAUUUGGUAAAUGUUAUCCCUCCCUGUGUUGAACUAUAUGUUUUAGGGCUUUAAUGUUUUGUCAAAAAUAUUUACUGUUAUCAUGUCAUCGUCAUUUGAUGUU